AUGUCGUUUGACCAGUCUCUAUCUAUUGCCGAAGAAGUAAUCAGAGAUGCGUGCCGUGUAGUAAAAGCUGUUGGAGAAAAGGAAUUGGAGGCGCAUUCUGAUAACAUUCUGGAGGAUGACAAGUCAGUCGAAUUGAUAGUGACUUAUACUGUUAAAGGGGAGCGAAAGGACACUCCUUGCAUAAUCCCUUUAAAGCACUCUCUUUUCCGUGUUGAAGAUGGAAACAAUGCUAUUCUGAUUAUCUCUAAAAACGACACGACAACAAAAACUGCACUUUCUGCAAAUCCGGUUCCUGGCUUGGAAAAGGUGGUGGUUGUGGAUAAGGUGCGAAAGACAUUUGAUCGCUAUAUGCAAAAGAGAGAUCUUAUCAAGGCGUAUACUCGUUUUCUGUGUGAUGCCUCCAUUAUCCCUUUAAUGCCUUCUAUUUUGGGAAAGAAGUGCAUGGUUUCCAAGAAGCACCCUACCCCCGUGAGCAUUAAUAGUAAAUCUCCCGAGAAACUGCGUGAGAGCAUCCAGAAAGCUUUGUCUUCCACAAGUAUGUUUGUGAACUGGGGUGUGAACAGCGUUGUGAAGGUGGGAAAGCUGUCCUUCUCCGAGCAGGAGCUUUUGGAGAACAUCCUGUGUGUGUUACCCGUCGUUUAUCGGUACAUUAACGCUGAGAAUAUUAAUCGAUUGGCGUUGAAGAUCCCGAACUCGCUCUGCAUUCCGUUCUAUGAGAAGCCUGCUUCGAAAAUGGUCAUUGUGAGUAAUGAAGAAGAGGAAGAAGAGGAUGAGGAUGAGGAUGGGGAUGAGGAAGAAGAAAACGAGGUAGAGGAAGAAAAGAAAGAGAAGGAGGUAAAGAAGCCUGUGAAGAAAGAGAAGGAGGUAAAGAAGCCCGUGAAGAAAGAGAAGGAGGUAAAGAAGCCUGCUAAAGAAGAAAAGGAGGCAGUAAAGCCUGUGAAGAAAGAAAAGGCCAGUAAAGAACAAAAUACAAAGAAGGCUGAAGAAGUCGAAGUAAAACCGAAGACCGUAAAGAAGGAAAAGAUCGCAAAGAAGGAGAAAACCGUAAAGAAGGAAAAGAAAUCGACGAAGUGUUCUGUUUGUUUCACUCUGUAUUGCUAA